AUGUAUGGCAUGAAUCCAAAAGCCAAAUUUAUCGAAGAGGCCAUAGAAAUGCUUGUUGAACAGCCAGGAGGCGGAAUGGUGGUCGUUUUCCAUCGCGAUAAGGUCUUCUACCUUGGCGGAUUAGUGUGCCAUCGAACGGCCUCUUUUCCAACCGGAUCUGUAUGCGUGAUGGAUGACGAUGACGAACUGGACCGUUUUGCCUCUUUCGUCGCAGGAUUUCUUGCAGAGGAUGUGGAAGCGGACAGGGCUAUCCGAGCCGAAUGGCGGAAGGUGUGCCGCACCUUAGCCCCCUUCACCAAAGAUGCGACGGCAUUAUCCGAGCUCACGAUGGAAGUCCCGUUAUUGAAUGGGAACAAGCGAGUCAAAAACCGUGAGGCUCGUCUCCGCCAUCCUGCCUCAAUUGUAAGGCCGACAGAUGUUCAACACGUCCAGCAGUGUGUUAAAUGGGCUUUGAAGCAUAGGCUAAGCCUAAGUGUUAUUGGCGGGGGUCACAGCGGCCACUGCCUAUGGUCUAAUGUCGUUGCAGUUGACAUGGGAGCCUUUGACCAAGUACACAUUCUCACGGCCGGAAGUGAUGGAAAAGGAUGGCGUUCCAGUUCCGAUUACCUGGUCAUCGCCGAAACCGGCUAUACGACGGAGGAUAUCAUCCGCAAAACAAUGGCGGCGGGCAUAACAGUGCCCUUAGGCGCUCGCCCAAGUGUAGGCGCCGGGCUGUGGCUACAAGGUGGCAUCGGACAUCUAGCUAGACUUCAUGGGCUUGCGUGCGACGCCAUCGUGGUCAGCGUUACUUUCAAGGAAUUCGUGGCUCCAACUUACUCAAUUCGAAAUUGGGUUAUUCCGCUGAGUGACGGGCGCGAAGCAAGCCUCAAGAUUUACAAUUUUGACAGACUCGUGGCCAGGAAUCUACCCCGAGGACUUUCUGCAGACGCGUAUCUAUACUGGGAUAUCGAUCAGCUGCAUCUUGGCAUCACCAGGUUCGAAUCUUCCGCAACUAGGUCCACCUCUGAAAUACCCACAUACACAGCCGUACGCACAGUUUUGGGACCGGAAGACGAUUAUAGUAUGGUGGACAGUGCCGGUUUGUUUGAGACCGAAAUGUAUAUCUCCAGAAUGCACGGAGGACACGGUGGAAGCAAGACGUCUUCGUUCAAGCGAUUAGUGCGACCCUACGUCCUCCACAUUCACAACAUGACACAGAUCUCGAGACGCAAGACCAAGAUGUCUGGUAAUAAGCGACUUAAUCAGCUCUCGGUUUCGGUACAGUCGACGGCCUUCACAAAUGUAUUGCGCGACAUCAAUCUUCAGGUUACUGUUUGCUAUAGUGGCAGAAACCUCUUCGGUUACCUGUCCAAUAUCGCUGAGCUUCAUCAUUACAACUUUGAAAAGCCGCUCUGA